UAAGUGUACUUACUACACUCGAAAUGAGAAAAUGGCUGAUAGUUUUGCAUCUCUUCGUCGGAUAUGUUUUUGAAAUCUUUAUAAUUUGCUAAAGUAUUCAGUGCUAUUGCAGUAUUUUACAUAAUACAGACUGUUAGUGUAAUAACAAAAAUGGAAUGCAAAGUGUGCGGUGUACAAUGGAAAAAAAAUAGCAAUAUUUCUUUCCAUUCAAUUCCGAAAGAUCCUGUUCUUCGAAAAAAAUGGCUUCAAAUAUGCAAUUUUCGAAGACUAUUAAAUCGACCAAAGUUAUCUUCAAUUAGAAUAUGCUCUGCACAUUUUGAUACUGAUUCUUUUUCUUUUAUUCCAUCAAAAGGUAAUUAUCAUCGUUUGUAUCUUAAACCUGAUGCUGUACCAAAAUUGGGAAUAUUUAGAGGAGAAAAACGCAUUUGACAAUCAAUUCACAAUAAUAUUUUUAUAUCAUAGAAACAAGAAGGAUACAGAGACAAAUUGGUAUCUUAGUAAGGUUUUUAAAGAGCAUUAUAUCGCACAUCUUGAUGAGAUGAAUAAUAAAAAAAAGGUACCAGAAGAUGACAUGAUCAGUAAUAAAAUAAUCAAUAAUAAAAAAAAGGUACCAGAAGAUGACAUAAUCAGAACAGAUGGAUUCAAAAGAGGAUUGGAAGCGGACAAAAUUCUUGGUUCAGCAGAUGAUAACGGAGAGUUAAUGUAUUUGAUGCAAUGGAAAGGAACAGACACGGUCGAUAUGGUACCUGCUAAGGAGGCUAAUAUAAAGUGUCCUCAAAUUGUUAUCCGAUUUUAUGAAGAUAGAUUAACUUGGCACACAGCAAAAUCAUGUGUAAAAUAGACGUGCUUCUUUGAAGUAAAAUUGACAUUUUCAAGAAGUAUAUAUGUAAAUAUUUAUAAAAUUGAAUUUUAUUAUAUUUAAUUAUAUAAUAAAUAUUCUUUAUGACUCGUUUAUGCAUCUUCAUAUAUAAUAAAAUGUUCCAUUUCUUUUUAAA